UUUUAUGAAUGAGUGUUGCUGUUAGAUACGUGACACAAAGGAUUAUUGUUUACUCACAGAGUGCCAGGUCGACUGCACAUGUACAAUCAAGGACAGGGUGAAUGACUGGCUAUGUUCUUAAUGGAUGGACUCGUUAUACUAUGCGUGCAAUAUACAUGUACAUGUACAUGUACUUCUAUAUUACAUGUGACCAUCAAGUUAAAAUUAGUUACGUCACAACUGCAGGUGUGUUGCGUUUAGAUUGGAAUGGUUUUCAAUUUUGUUACGAAGGAUUGUUGACAUUGUUGGGGUCGUCCAAUGAUCUGCGAACCUAAACACCAUACGACACUAGUAAGUUUACGGUGACACCAUGUGUUUUGCCAGGUCGAGUUUGUCCUCUCAUAGAGUAAUGACAGCCUAGAGAACUGUCCUGCCAUGUAUUGUACCUUACUCUAUGAUUCUACUACCGCGGAGUAGAUGUUUCGGAUUCUUCGGGACUCGGGACUUCUCAGUCGUGAAAAGAACUGUCCUGCUUUUUUUAACUACCACGUGGGCGGUUAGUAAACAUCGCGGCUGGGACAUACACGUACUUCUUUAAUUUUGUAAAGGAUCUUUAUUGACAUAUACUGCACUACCGGACCACGGAGGGAGUUCUUAAUUUGUCUCAACGUUUCCACUAUUACAACUUCCUCGAGUCAUCGUCAGAGGUUGCCAUUGAGGUUGCUCUUGUUGACUGAGAACCUAUUUUAACCCUACGCGAGAUGGGAUGCGGCGGCUCCACAGUAACGUAUUGGUCAGAUGACACCACCUACGGACCUCAUCAGCACACCUUCAACGGUCCCUUUUAUAGCUCCAUGAACGGACCCACCGGACGUUUUGAACUUGGAAGGAACUUGGAACGCAUCCGAUGGGAGGUGUUGGAGAUGCACAACGUGUACAGGGCGAGACACGGGGUGCAACCACUCGUCCUCAGCGGCACGAUUAACAACAUCGCGCAGAGCUGGGCGGAGACUAUGGCCAGGAUCGGCAAGUUGGAACACAGUCCCAAAAGUAGCAGACCGGAUUGUGGGGAGAACAUCCACCACUCAUGGUCAACGGCUUUUGACAUCAACGCUGUAACAGGUGGAGAAGCGGUCAAGUCAUUUUAUGACGAAAUAGAAGAUUAUGAUUUCAACAAACCUGGAGAAAAACCAGCCUCUGGAAAAGUCAUAGGUCACUUUACAGCUCUCGUCUGGAAAGAUUCCAAGGAACUCGGUGUUGGCGUGGCAACCUCCAAAAAGGGCAAAUGGGGCCAUGUGUACAUCUGCUGCAACUACACUCCACGAGGGAACUGGAGAGGUGCCGAGAACUACAGAGACAAUGUGCUUCCUCCAACAUCCGGGUACGGGUUUUAAUAGGUGAAAGAAAUCCAGCAUUAAUAGUAACACUCUGGACACGAUACUGUCCCGAAAUUGGUUAUAGGCUCAGGCUAAACAUGGCAAUGUAACAAAGCUUGAAGGCAGUGGUCACUAUUGGUAAUUACUCAAAAUAAUUUCUAGCAAUAAAACGUUACUUGGUGACGAGUA